UUGAGUAGAGAGAGAUCUCUAUCUAUCGCAGACAAUUCCCAAUCCAGAACUCUAGUUUCCACAACCAUGACAAGCAAGAAGAAGAGCGACAAGACAUCCACCAAAAGUUUAUGGGACUGGUUUCUACCCUUCCAAAAGAGAAAGGAUGGACAGGUAAAGAUCUCCAUCAGUACCAAGGUUUUUGGUUUCUUGAUCAACCCCCUUGAAGGAGUUAUAACUCUCCAGCAAUGCUUCAAGGAGGCUCAACCCACUGAUGUUUUCUUGGUCACCUGUCCAAAAUCAGGUACCACUUGGUUUAAAACCCUUCUUUUUGCCAUAAUGAACCGUGAUCUCUAUGAUUAUGAUGAUCAUCCUUUGCUCACUACUAACCCCCAUGCCUGUGUACCCUUUUUCGAGACCUAUGCCAUUGAAAAUGCUACAAAUCUGAGGCCAGACCUUUCUCUCUUGGCUACUCACAUGCCUUAUACUUGUCUCCCGGAUUCGAUACUAGUCUCUGGUUGUCGUAUCGUUUAUGUGUAUCGGGAUCCGAAAGACUUGUUUGUUUCUCUGUGGCACUUUGCAAACAAGAUUAGAUCCAAGGAACUACCAACCCUAAUUCUAGGAGAAGCAUUUGAGCAAUUUUGUAGGGGGGUUUCCAUAGGUGGACCAUUUUGGGAUCAUGUGGUUGGGUAUUGGAAAGCCAGCAUAGAAUGGCCUGACAGAGUGUUAUUCACAAAAUAUGAGGACAUGAAGAAUGAUCCACAACUUCAUGUGAAAAAACUGGCUCAAUUCAUAGGUUACCCUUUUUCGAUUAAGGAAGAAAAUGAAGGUAUCAGACAAAAAAUAUUGGAUUUGUGUAGUUUCGAGAGUUUGAGCAAUCUGGAGGUGAAUAAGAAUGGAUUGAUCCGCCUUGGCCAAGACAUGGUGCUGGAAAACAAAUCAUUUUUCAGGCAAGGUAAGAUUCAAGACUGGAAAAAUUAUCUAACAACCGAGAUGGUUGAACGUAUAGAUGAAAUCACAAAGCACAAGUUCAAGGAAUUGGCUUGA